CUUGCAUGAUCACCGGCUGUCAGCUUACUGGCUGACUGAUAAUAUUAUCUGUCUGUUUGUAGAUAGUCCGAGCAAGUGGACCCCCAUCAGCUUACUUAGUGUGAACCUCUUCCCCCCGCAAACCUGCCCUCUGACCUUGAGUUUCAAUUUUGGUUCUGCUUCAACCCAGCCACUUGAACCAAGAACUAUCCUCAAACAAACAUACGUACUACACCGGUGUCUCUCCAAACAACAACAUCAUGGCGCCAACAUCUCCGACUCCCACCGCCUCUGCUACGGCUACCAUCCCGUUUCUCUAUCGAAUCAUCUUGCUCUAUAUCGAACCCCUCUUCGCAAUCAACGGCGCUUUCAUGGUCUUCUUUCAGCCAGCGAAAUACGCGGCCAUGAUGACGCGCGCAUCUGUGCCCUACGAUGCCCCCUCGCAAUAUCUCUACACGCAGAUUGGGAGUGGAUGGCUGUACUUUGCCUUCAUCCAAGCCGUCAUCCUUCGGCUGUAUGAUGAUCUGCGUCUAUGGCAGCUGCUCUGUGUCGGCAUGCUCCUCAGUGAUGCUGGGUAUAGCUGGUCCGUGAUACAAGGGGUAGGCGGAUGGAGUCAGUGGAUCAAAGUUGGAGAAUGGGAAACCUCAGACUGGACCUUAUUUUGGGCAACUGUGCCUUUGGCAGUGAUCAGGGUUUUGGUUUUGCUUCAGAGUACGGCCGGAACGAGGAAGGGUGAAGUGAAGAUCGGUAAAUAAAGGGGGUGAAGCAUUUUGCUGGCAAUCAAAGAUGACAAAUGACUUGAGAUGGAAACUCAACGGCAGUAUAUGGCGAACGAACAGUUGCGAAGGACGAGUGUUUUUGAUGUACGGGUAGAACACACCGACUUCGUGACCAACCCAUCAUCGGGAUUUGGUUUUCCCAAGUACUGCAAUGUCUUUCAGAACUCGAGGGUUUGGAGAAUUGGAGGAGUGGAAAGCAAUGUCAGCUUGAAUUGCCAUCCUCAAUCGAGAACCGUUAUUUUUGGGUGCUCCAGGCUGAAAAAGAGAUAGAAAUCGAAUCAAUCCUCGGCAUCGAUGGCCGAGCAACAACGACCCUAGAAGCCUAGUCAAGUAGCCGGGUCCUCCUGGCUGAUGACCACGUGACAGAUCCUAGCUAUCAUGGAGAGGUCGAGGAACAACCUGACAAUUCCCUGAACUUCCCCUGUUGUUUUGGUAGGGGGAUCUUUCUUCGUUAUUUUUUGCCCCUCUGCCCCUCUUUGGUGGCUCUCCGCAGUCCGCAUAUGAAACCGAUCAAGAGCUGGCAAGAGAUGUCUCAGGUUUUGGUUAGACGCACCCUGGCACCGCCAAUGUCGUAGCCACCAAGUCUUGUUUUAUCUUGCCCAUCAUUAUCAAUCACGUCCUCUUUGGAUAUGGAAAGUCUCCGAGAUCAGUUGUAGCAGGAUAGCUCUGGCUUGCUAUAACAAGGUGAAACGUCGACUUGGUGUCGAUCGACCAGACGUUCCAGGUUGGCCCCCCAGGGCGUGUCCAGGGACUCGGCCUCGUGGGUCUGACUUGUACCCUUGCUACAGCGUGUGUCUGCGUGUAUGUAGAUGAAGCGGAGAUCCUGUCGACAGAUUUAUACUGCAAGUUCGUCGGGCAAUCUUGCGGGUGUCGUAAACGGUGAUUGCGGCCGAUGAGCCCAAGAAAAUUGGAACCCAAAAUUAGCAACGUGGUGACAAUCAAAGUGCUGUGGAAGAGAGGUUGUCCAGUUUUUAGUGGCAUUUUGUCGCCGCUUGUUCCAUCAGCCUCAAACACGACCAGAAAGACGCAUGGCUGGCAUGGCUCUGAAGCACAGAACCCGUCAGGUUUGUUCCCUGGGCAUCGGGCCGCAUCUGACAAGUCGGGCUGUUAGCGCAUAUUGGAUUUUGGAGGUCUCUCCAUUCCCUCAUCUUGUCGGCU